CGCCGAUUCUCCGACAGACACAAGAGACCGGAAGACCGAGGCCCUCUUUGACAAGACUACGCCAGCAUCUCUGCGACGUCACUGCCGACGAAGACGAAGAGGAGGUGGAGCUUGAGCUCGAGGCCGACAUCGGUCAGGCUCAGAGUCUGAUGAGUCUUUCGGCAUGCCCACUGUGCGUCGGCUGUGGUCGGGCCAUCUUUGACGCCGUCAUUUUGCACGUACAGCCGGAUCUUGAGUGGCAUGGUCGGUGUCUUCGCUGUGUCAAGUGUUCUCGGGGCCUAGGGGAGGACUCGACAUGCUUCGUGCGUGACGGAAAGGCCUACUGCCGCGAAGAUUAUCACAAGUAG